UUUUCACAUAAAACUUACAAAAACUAUAAUUACCUUCGUAUAAAAUUCCCUCCUCUUUCAUUAAAUAUACAAGGACACAUCAUCGCAAUUCGCAACCACAGCUUCUUCAAAAUCCCCCUGUCCAGAAGCGGCAUCAGACUCUUCUUCCGAAAUGAGUAAAGAUGAGAAAAAGAUAGUGCUUGCAAAGGCAUCAUUGUUUGAAGGAGAAUCACAGGGUGAUUACAAAGCUCCAAAUAUUGUACAAUGCAUUUUAAGUCUUUUUAGAAACAUACAACCAGGAGCUGAUCUCAUACGUUUUCAGCUGCCAACAACUUUCAACCUUCCAAAGUCACAGCUUCAAAGUUUUGGGGAGUCAGUGUACUGCACUAAUAAAGAUUUGUUAAGCAUUUGCAACAAUUGUGAGAGCCCACUGGAGAGGCUCACAGGCGUCGUGGCUUGGUGUAUUUCCACCACACGCCCUAUCAUUUUUGGUUUAUCCCCUUACAAUCCCAUUCUUGGAGAAACCCACCAUGUUUCCACUGGUAGCCUCAAUGUUCUACUAGAACAGGUAUUCCAUCAUCCACCAGUAUUUGCUCUCCAUGCAACCAAUGAGAAGGAAAAUAUUGAAUUAAUUUGGUGUCAACAACCAGUUGCCAAAUUCUGUGGUACUUCAGUGGAAGCCCAGACUCAUGGCAAAAGGCAAUUAAAGCUACAUAAAUACAAAGAAACUUAUGAAAUGAACUCACCGAAGCUCUUGGUUAGAAUUCUUCCGGUACCCCGGACUGAUUGGGUUGGCAAUGUUAAAAUCAAAUGCCAUGAAGGUGGCCUCGAAGCUGAGUUAUGUUUCAGAGGCGGUUCUUUAUUAGGGCGAAGAGGAAGAGCCAUUAAAGGAAAAAUCUAUGAAUCCUUAUCAAUACAAACUCUUUAUGAGAUCGAUGGGCACUGGGACAGAACUGUCUCGGUGAAAGACAUGCAGAAUGGGGAACGAAAAGUUAUCUUCGACGCAAAAGAGGUUCUUUAUGGGCUCAAAACUCCGGUUGUUAUGGAUUCUCAAGCAGUGUGGGCAACCGAAUCAGCGGCAGUAUGGGGCGACGUGAGCCAAGGCAUAUUGAAUCAAGAAUGGGAAAAAGCUAGAGUUGCAAAGAAAGGUGUGGAGGAAGAGCAGAGGAGGGUCUUGAGAGAAAGAGAGUCGGUUGGCGAAACUUGGGUUCCCAAGCAUUUUAAUGUCACAAAAAGCGGGGAAAUGGGUUGGGAUUGCUCACCUAUUCAAGAAAUUGUGCCACCCGCUCCUAUCGUUGUCCCUCCUUGAAUUCCAUAUACAUUUUUAUGUAAGAGAUAUAUUUUGUAUAAAUUGAAUAAAAUAAAUAAAUCAAUCAUAAUUUCAGGAUCUA